AUGGACACGGUCGACACCGAUCACAAGGGCCACGACAUGUCUUCCAAGCUCGCUACGAUCACCACGCAGCCGUUUGGACAGGCAGAGCCGCAGCCAUAUGCGGGCAAUGCGCAGCACCCCCCUGCCUCUUCGGAUGCAACAACGUCGUGGCGACGCAACCCGCGCGAGCAUCUGCGCUCGAGCGUGCGCCGGCUCAGCACGCGCGAGGGCUGGUUGGGCGACUACCAGUUCGGCGCUCUGUGCCUGCCGCGUCUGCUGCCCUGGAAGCCCGACAGCAAGCUCAACGGCGGCGCGGCCGAGUCGCCGUUCUACGGCGUGCACGAUCAACUCCCCAUUGCCGUCGCGGCGAUCUGCGGCCUUCAACAUGCGCUCGCCAUGCUCGGGGGUCUCAUCACCCCACCCAUGAUGAUCGCAUCUUCCCUCAGCCUCUCGGGCGAAACGUCGGCGUAUCUCAUCUCGGCAAGUCUCAUCACCUCGGGCCUCAUCUCGGCCGUCCAGCAAAGCGCCAUCCCCCUCCCGUUUCUGGGAGGUAGACAGCUCGGUACGGGUCUGCUGAGUGUGGUCGGAACGAGCUUUACGACGCUCUCGGUGACCACGAGCAUCUUUACGAAUCUGUAUGCCGAGGGCGUGUGUCCGAGCAAUGCGGACGGCAGCAGGGCGGCGUGCCCCGAUGCGUACGGGUAUCUGCUUGGGACGUGUGCGGUGUGUGCGCUGCUCGAGAUCGCACUCUCGUUCCUGCCACCGCGUGUGCUCAAGCGCAUGUUUCCUCCUAUAAUCACGGGCACAGUGGUGGCCUUCAUCGGUAUCAAGCUGAUUGGUGAAUCGGCUAUACCUUCGUUUGGCGGCGGUGCAUCGUGCCACGGGACAGGGCAGUUGUGCAUGGGCACGGAUCACCGCGCAUACGUGUGGGGCGAUGGACACUACCUCGGCCUCGGGUUUCUGUCGUUCAUGACGGUGGUGCUGGUGGAGAUCUUUGGCAGCCCUGCAAUGCGCAAUGCCUCCAUCGCCAUCGGCUUGCUCUUUCCCCUCGUCAUCGCCGGUCCGUUGGGAUACAUGUCGUCGCAGCCCAUCGACUCGGCAAGGCCCAUCACCUUCCUCUGGGUCGAGACGUUUAAGCUCCGCGUCUACGGUCCCGCGGUGCUUCCGCUGCUUGCGGUGUACAUCUCGCUGAUGAUGGAGUGCAUUGGAGACGUGACGGCCACGUCGGAGGUGAGUCGCGUCGAGGUGGAUGGUCUGGCGUACGAUAGGCGCAUCAGUGGCGGUGUGCUUGUCGAUGGCCUCGCCGGCGUGUUCAGCGCGCUCUUCACCGUGCCUCCGCUCUCGGUGUUUGCGCAGAACAAUGGCGUGAUCGCCAUCACAAAGUGCGCCAACAUCCAGGCUGGCAGGUGGUGCAGCUUCUGGCUCGUGCUGUUUGGCGUGAUCGGCAAGCUGGCCGGCUGCGUCCGCGCCAUUCCCCAGCCGGUGCUCGGAGGCGUACUGCUCGUGCUGUUUGGCAGCAUCGCAGUGUCCGGCAUCAAGGUGCUGCAGAACGUGACGUUUACGAGGAGGAACCGAUUCAUCCUCGCAAUCAGCUUCGGUUGGGGUUUCGGCACGCUGCUCGCCGAUGAUUUGUUCGCGAAUCUGUUCACCUACAAGGGCAGCAACAAGGCGCUCAGUGGAUUCUUGGACAGCAUCAUCAUUGUCAUCUCCACGCCGUUCCUGAUCAGCGCCAUUGUUGGCAUGAUCGCAAAUGCUAUGCUUCCGCUCGACGAGGAGGAUCGCCGGAUCCAGCGGUACAACGACUCGCCCGUGCGGUCCUUGGACGACGAGAAGAUGCAGGCGUAA